AUGUUCCUAUGUGUUUACAUUGCAGAGACCAUCAAGGUAAAAGCUGUGAAAGGAGUUGUGACAAGAGUCUUUAAUGACCAUGGCUGGAUUGAUGAGUCCAUUUUCUUCAGUAAGGAAGAUGUGACUGGCAAUGUCCCUUUGCACAUUGGACAAAAAGUUUUUGCCUUAGUGGAGGAAGAUGAAACAGGCCGUGGAUGGAAAACAAUCAAAGUGGAUGCUGUCUGUGAAGAUUAUUGUGAUGGACCAUCAGCAUCCAAUCUUACCUUUGGGUCUGUUACUUCUGGAGUGGGUGUUGAUAAGUAUAUUAAGCACACAACUUGUUUCUCUCUGGAUGUUGUUUGUAAAGAUUUUGAGCCUUACGAGGGUGACCUGCUGGAGGUUGUGUUUUCCUUCCAGGCAGAAAUGCAGCGCAGGCAGGCUGUGUCUGUGAAGCCUCUGAGACACAAGCAUGUGUAUGAGGUCGUCAUUACCUGUGUAUAUGGAAGAGAUGGGGUGGUGGACAACAGUAUCUUUUACACCUUGGAUUCUCUGGAAGUUCCUGCUGGAUACCAACCUCAAGUCCAUGACCUUGUCAACGUGCUGGUAGUGGAGAGUGCUCACCCUGGCUUCUCUUGGAGAGCAAUUUCCAUGACCCCAGUGCACAUGGGAUAG